CCGGCGCGCGGAGCGGUGCAUUUUGGGAUAUGUAGUUUUCCCGCGGCAUUGUGGGAGUCGUGGUUCGUGUGCCGGCGGCGAGCUGGAUCUUCCGCGGCCUGGAGUUAUGGGACGGAGGCCCCCAGAGGGAAGUCACUUACCAGAGUGUGUAGGCUCUUCAUCCGGAGCUCAAGUCUUCUGACUCUUGGGAACGGUGAGACCUGCCGCUCCGGCCCCCUCUCCUCCUCGUCUGAGUGGCGUGGCCCGCACUGACCCGGAGGGAACUCCCAGUUGGCCCAGCAUGAACUGGAAGGUUCUUGAACACGUGCCCCUGCUGCUGUAUAUCUUGGCAGCGAAAACAUUAAUUCUCUGCCUGGCAUUUGCCGGAGCCAAAGUAUACCAAAGGAAAAAAUUGGAAGCAAAACAGCAAAAACCGGAAGCUGAAAAGAAGAAGCAGUCAGAGAGGAAGGAUAACUAACGGGAAAUCAAAGAUUUUGUAAUUUAACUGUCAGCUUGAGUGGACUCCGGCUGAGAUGAAAGAUUUAAUUAUUGAAUGGUAUGUCAGAAGAUAAACUCCCAGCCUAUAGUCUGGCUUAAAAUGAUGUGAAUUUUUCUGUGCUUUUAAAAGAACCAGUAUUUUGUUUACUA